AUGAACUUGGAAGGGGUUGGUGAUGAGGUGAGAUGUCGCGCCUUUCCCGUGACCCUAGCUGGCCCGGUGAUACGCUGGUUCAAUUCUCUUCCCCAAGGCUCUGUGAUGACCUUCGGAGAUAUCACCUGCGCCUUCCUAGCUCAGUUCACCAUGCGGAUUGCCAAAGCCAAGCACCCGAUUAACCUGCUCGGGGUGACUCAAAAAAGCGGCGAGCCAACCAGAAAGUACCUAGACAGGUUCAAUGAUGAGUGUUUAGAAAUUGACGGCUUAACCGACUCGGUGGCCAGCUUAUGCUUGACAAACGGAUUGCUCAAUGAGGAUUUCAGAAAGCACCUGACCACUAAACCCGUGUGGACCAUGCAGGAGAUUCAAAACGUGGCCAGGGAGUAUAUCAAUGACGAAGAAGUUAGCCAAGUUGUUGCAGCCAACAAGCGGCAGCCCGCCUACAACCAUACUCGUCAACACGGUAACAGAGAAAGGCUUAAGGAACACUUCAAGGACAGAAUAGCCGAUAAGGGCAUUCUGUCGAAUCCCCGACCUCUAAAGGACAGGACCGGAGGGAACAAAAACCUCUAUUGCGAUUACCAUAAGGGCUUUGGCCACAAGACCCAAGACUGUUUCGAUCUCAAAAAUGCCCUAGAACAGGCAAUCCGAGAUGGCAAGCUGGCGGAACGCUCCCAUCUUAUAAGAGAACCGAGAAGGCGGGAUAGGGACCGACCUGGUGACGAUAAGGAUCGGGCCAUGAGACAAAGACGGGAACCCGAGGAAGAUAGCGAAUGA